AUGAAGUUCUUCGCUGUCGUCCUGGCCACUGCCGCCGCUACUGGUGCUACCGCCGAUGCUGUCUUCAACGUCCGCGACUUCACCGCCAGCUGCACCCCUCACAGCGCCCUGUGCGACUACUCUUUCAAUGUCAUCCAGCCCGGAACUAUGGACACUGAGGGCUACGACUGCACCGCCAAGGUCCCUGGCGCUGGCCCCGGCGAGCUUGGCGAGGUCAAGGCUGGCACCUGCCUUCCUUCUUCACGAACCUUUGACGUCGUCCGCAGCGACGAGGGCCUGACUCUCACCGUAUCCGUCCAGGUCUCGCCCAACAGCUUCACUAAGGGCUCUCACCUCAUCCAUAACAAGGAUAUUAAGACCGUCAAGGGUGAUACCCCUACCGGCGAUGUCCAGGCCUAUGACGGCCCCAAGGACUUCCCUCUUGAGCGUGUCGACUAA